AUGUCUAUAAACCACUACUCAUCGGAGACACCAGAAACGACGACGUUAUGGUGGACUCAGCAACAGACCUCACCGCCCCUCGAUGACGAACAAGGAGCCACCACAACCACAAGCUCUCCGCAAGAAGGAGAAGAGGAGGUGAAGGAGGCCAUGUUCGAGAAGCCAUUGACGCCGAGCGACGUGGGGAAGCUUAACCGCCUCGUCAUCCCGAAACAGCACGCGGAGAAGUACUUCCCACUCGGUGGCGACUCAGGGGAGAGCAAGGGGCUGCUACUGAGUUUCGAGGACGAGUCAGGGAAGUGCUGGCGUUUCCGUUACUCGUAUUGGAACAGUAGCCAGAGUUACGUUUUGACCAAAGGCUGGAGUCGUUACGUUAAGGACAAACGCCUCGAUGCUGGCGACGUCGUUUUGUUCCAAAGACACCGCGCCGAUGCUAACCGAUUCUUCAUCAGCUGGAGGCGCCGCCACCCGAGUGCUCCGGCGCAUGUUAGCAGCAGAGUAGGGUCUCACAGCAAGAGUAGCAGUGAUGGGAAUAGCAAUGCUAAGAAUGCGAAUGGGGUGGAUGGCGCUGUUCCUGUGGGGUGGACCAGAGACUUCUAUCCUGCGCAUCCUUAUCCUGCGCAUCAUCACCACCCCUUGCCAUACCAACCUCACUCUCUUCAUGCAGGUGGAGGGUCCCAAGGACAGAGCGAAACGACACCGGGUUCCAGUUCCAGGGUGCUGAGGCUGUUUGGGGUGAACAUGGAAUGCCAACCUGAUAAUGAUUCCGGAACCUUCACACCCCAAUGCUCCUAUAAUAUGUCGUCAACGCAGGGUACACCUAACCACCAUUUCUACCACCAUCAUCGACCUUCUUAUUCUUCUUCCAACCCUCACCAUCACAUGCUACGUCAACAACCAGACUAGCUUCUACUGGAUAUUCCCUCCCCUCUAAUUAGA